AUGGUCGUGUCCGUGUCCGACUCGUUCGUGUCACUGGCGUGGACCGUCGCGCUGCUGACUCUGUUCACGUUCGUUUUCGCCGUCUUCCUCACGCAGCUCGUUGCAGAUUUUCUCAGGCUGGGCCGCGGGCCCGCGGUGGAGGAGGUGGCGCUCAUGCUGCACUUCGGCUCGCUGCAGUCCACGAUGCUCUCCCUGUACGAGGCGUCCACGGGGGGCAUCAACUGGCACGAGAUCGUGGACCCGCUGAUGUACAAUUUCUCCCCCGCCAUCGUCGUCGUCUUCCUGUGCUACAUGUUUUUUGUGAUUUUCGCGCUGACGAACGUUGUUACGGGCGUGUUCGUCGAGUCCGCCCUGCGGACGGCGGAGGAAGACAAGCGGCGGCAGCUGACGCACCAGAUGACCUCGCUGUUCACCCAGGCGGACGACGACGGCAGCGGCACGAUUACCUGGGACGAGUUCCAGGAACACCUGGCCGCCCCGCAGCUGCAGUCCUUCCUGAAGGCCCUGGACCUCCACGUCGACGAGGCCCGCGCGCUGUUCCAGCUCCUGGACGUGGACGACUCGGGCGAGAUCGACGCCGACGAGCUGGUGCAGGGCUGUCUGCGCCUGCACGGGCAGGCCAAGGCCAUCGAGCUCGCGGCCUUCAUGCACGAUACCGCAGGACGGUCCGCAGGGCCCGUGUCCACGAAGAGCUCGUGGAGAAGUCCCUGGCCUGGCUGUGCGACUCCCUGCAGGGCCGGGCGCCGCACGCGAGGUAAUUCGUUAGCGAGGACGUUCGCGUCAGGUCGGGCGUUGAACGAUCGACGUGGUGUCAAAAACCUCUGCUGCGCGCGCCGACGCCGCGCGAACCUACCGUAG